UUCUGCUCGAAGGUAUUCUUAACGGUCAGCUCCAUUGCUAACAGCAUCUGGAAUGGGAAAGACGAUCAAACUGUUUGGCUUCCUCAUACUCUGCGUAUUGGCUGCCGUCGCGUCCGCUCACUUGCGUCUAACGAAUGGCACGUACGGCAGGAUAGAGGUGCAAGUAACCCGGAAAGGUUGGGGCACGAUCUGUGACAACGACUGGAACCUAGUGAACGGGCACGUGGCCUGUCGUGAACUUGGAUACAUACGUGCAGCAGCCGUAACGUUCCGGGCCGAGUACGGACGAGGCACGGGACGUAUUUACAUGAAAGGUCUAAAGUGUUUUGGAAACGAAAGCAGCCUUUUUGAUUGUCCGAUCGAGAAACUGUCCACUGCACCGUGCGAUCACGGUGAAGAUGCGGGUGUCGUCUGCUGGAAAUCAGGUCUCGGAACGGCCGUUCGCUUAGUAAACGACAAAACAUCAGAGAAGAGCGCCGGCCGCGUCGAGGUGUUCUGGUUACAACAAUGGGGUACUGUUACUCAUGAUGGAUGGGAUAAGAAUGAUGCGGAUGUGGUGUGUCGACAGCUGGGCUAUGAGCAGGCGUCGAGUGCCCAACCUGAGGCAAAGUAUGGAAGUGGAUUCGACAAGAUCUGGAUGGACAACGUGGCGUGCUCUGGUAACGAAGCGAGACUGCAAGACUGCUAUUUCAGUGGGUGGGGCGUUCACAAAAACGACCACAGUCACGAUGCUGGUGUCGACUGUCUAGGGCAAUCUGUUUAUCCUGUACGAUUGGUUGGAGGCUCGUCUCACCAUGAAGGACGCGUGGAGAUUGAGUAUAGUGGUCUCUGGGGGACGGUGUGUGAAGAAGAUUGGGACAUGAAAGAUGCGAACGUCGUCUGUCGUCAGUUGGGUUUCGACGGAGCUGCCUCGAUCACGACGAGUGCGACGUUUGGGGAGGGAACUGGUCACAUUUGGAUGGACAGGGUAGAGUGCGUAGGGCAUGAAAACGCGUUGCAAGAAUGUGGGUUUCAAGGAUGGGCUGUAGAGCAAUGUGACCACAGCAGGGAUGUUGGUGUUAUAUGCAAUGGAUCAGCUUCUACCCCUCUUCGCUUAACAUCGAAGUCUCACGGAAGAGUUGAAGUCUACUACAACACAAUGUGGGGAACAAUAUGUGACGAAUUGUGGAGUAAAGAAGAUGCAGACGUAGUCUGUCGACAACUGACAUUCACACCGGCACUAAACUAUCACACCGAAGCAUAUUAUGGUCCGGGUUCUGGACAGAUCUGGUUAAGCAAGGUCCAAUGCAAAGGAUCCGAAAGUAAUCUCGGCCAGUGCACGUUUCCUGCCUUGGAUACCAACGAGUGCUCACAUAAACAUGAUGCCGGAGUUGAAUGCGCUGGCGAAAUGGCUCCAUUAUCUCUUCGUCUCGUUGGUGGUUCGUCUCACAACGAAGGCAGACUGGAGGUGUUUUAUGGUGGGAUGUGGGGUACGGUGUGUAAUAAUAAGUUCGAUUGGCGGUCGGCCAAAGUAGCGUGUAACCACCUCGGUUACUCUGGAGGAGAUACCAAAAGACAUAUACAAACAACGUUUGGGACAGGAACGGGAAGGAUAUGGCUGGAUAAAGUACAAUGCAGUGGCAGCGAGCAGUUAUUAGAUCACUGUCAGCACAGAGGCUGGGGGAUCACUGAUUGUGAUCACAACAAAGACAUUGGAGUUCAAUGCACAGGAAAUGAUUCAUUUGCUGUGCGUCUGGUCGGUGGCAAGAACGGUGGCGAAGGUAGAGUGGAAGUAUACUACAGCAAACAUUGGGGGUCCGUCUGUAACAACGGCUGGACGCUAAAAAAUGCUCAUGCAGUAUGCCGUCAUCUGGGAUAUAGUCGAGCUUCUGAAGUGCGGUCGUUCGGAAGAGGAUCAGGCCACAUAUGGAUGAACAACGUUCAUUGCAAGAAAAACGAGUUACGCCUCAACGACUGCAAGUUUGACGGUUGGGGCAAUAUUGGAAGCUGUCUUCACGACGACGACGUGGGAGUCGUUUGUGAACAAACAUUGGGUUUGACUCCUAUACGUCUCGUCGACGGAGACGGCUCGUUUGGACGACUCGAAGUGUUCUACAGCGGAAUGUGGGGGACGGUCUGUGACAACAAGUGGGAUCUAACCGAUGCAAACCUAGUGUGUCGAAGGCUUGGAUUUGUAAAGGCGUCGUCGUAUAAAGGUAACGCGUAUUACGGACAAGGAACCGAGCACAUUUGGUUAACAGACGUUGAAUGCAAUAAGUUUGAUAACUAUUUGGAGGAUUGCUCAUACUCGGUCUCUGGUGAUAGUUGUGAACAUUCUCAUGAUGUCGGUCUCGUUUGUACAAACGAAGGACAACCUUCGCCUCCCGUGGUCAGACUUGUUGAUGGUCGUUCAAUGAACGAAGGUCGCGUUGAAGUGUUGCAUGCAGGAGUGUGGGGAACCGUAUGUCUGAAACUUUUGAACAAGAAAUUUGCAAACGUAGUCUGUCGUCAAAUCGGGUUCGCUACAGGCAAAGCCGUAAACUCUGUAGCUGCUCGAUUUGGGGAAGGAGUCGGUGUAACAUGGAUGAACGAGGUCAACUGCAAGGGAGAUGAGUCGACAUUAGAGAGUUGUAAAUUCUCAGGUUGGGGAACGUCUCAGUGUCAGCAUUCAAAAGAUGCUGGAGUUGUCUGUUACGGUUCUUCUUCAAAGUCUAAGAAAAUCAGACUAGUCGGUGGAGCGACACCGAGUCAGGGUCUACUACAGGUCUAUUAUAGUGAAGUAUGGGGCACGGUAUGCGAUGACGGAUGGACAAGCGAGGACAGUCGAGUCGUGUGCAGGCAGCUGGGAUACGGUAGUCCGUCGGUUGUCAAAGCGCGCGCGCAAUAUCACCACGACAACGGCUCGCGUCACAUCUGGAUGUCCGGAGUCAGUUGCAAGGGCGACGAGUCUCAUCUUCACGAUUGUCCGUUCGACGGUUGGGGAGUGACGGCAUGUCGCGACUCGGAGAACGUGGGCAUCGUGUGCGAGGGCUACUCUGCAACAAACCCGGUUGUGGUCCGUCUAAAAGGGUCCAGUCCCGAGGUCCACAGCCGAGGCAGAGUUCAGGUAUACUUUGCAAAUACUUGGGGCUCGGUGUGCGACAGUAAUUGGAAUAUCUAUGAUGGACAUGCCGUUUGUCGUCAAUUGGGGUACGAAAGAGCGUCGACUGUGAACACGGGCGCAACGUAUGGUCCGGACGACUCUGUCGUACUGAUGGACAAUGUUCAGUGUACUGCUAACAAACGUCGCAUACAGGACUGUGAUUUCGCAGGAUGGGGAAACAAGGCGUCUCACUGCUCGAAAUCAAGAAAAGCUGGAGUAGCCUGUUUUGGACGAUUGAUUAAAACUCUUAACGUGAGAUUGGCUGAUGGGAACAACAGCAGCACGGGCAGAGUCGAAAUCUUAUAUCAAGGCGUGUGGGGUGCUGUGUGUGAUGAUUUGUGGGAUAUCCAUGAUGCUGGAGUUGUAUGCCAUCAGUUGGGCUUUACAAAUGCAGUGGGGUUUCAUCGAGUGUACAGCGAAUCAGAGACAGGACACAUUUGGAUGGACGACGUGCGCUGCAAGGGAUCAGAGACAAGACUCCAGGAUUGUCGCUCACGUCCAUUGGGACAUCAUAACUGUAUUCAGACUGAAAACGCUGGAGUUACUUGUAAUUAGGAUUACAGAAUUUGUUUCCGAUGUUAUCAGAACGUGCCUCGUUGCUGUAUCUGAGUUUGGUCUGUUUAGACUUUAUGAUAUUAGAAUGACAACACGUGGGGAUAGUUGUUUAUUAUGAGCACCGUAUGUCACGUCCUUUGUCGUAUGUACAAUAGAUGUGAUAGACAAUGCAGGGCGCAAGCUAAAUAAAGCGGUAAAAGUGUUGUGUCUA